UGCCCCGGUUAGCGACCCUGCCUGUGCGCGCCUCUCCCAAUCUUUGCCAAACCGGUAAACCCUCUCCUCUCGAUCUCUUCCCAAUGGCCGCCUCGUCGUCGUCCCUGUCUUCUUCGUCUUUUUCCGCCUCCAGCGAUUCCUCUUCUCACCGCCGAAGACGUCGUCAACGCAGUCGCCGGGACCGAGAUAAAGAAGCCCUAAAGGUCCGAAAGAAGAGUAAAUCCCACUCCAAGCGACGUCGUAGGCACCACCGCUCUUCUGAUUCAUAUUAUUCAUCUUCCAUGUCCGACUGCUCCAGAAGUGAAAGUUCAUCUGGCAGCGAGCAUGAUUCAUCUUAUCAUUCAAAGAGGCACAAAAAGAAUGACAGACCAAAGAAGAAUAAGGAAAAAGAUCGAAGUAAAAGCCAUAGGCAUAAGAGGAAGAAGCAUAAAGUGAAAGAGAAGCAGCAAGAUGAGAGAUGCAGCAGUCCUGUGCAGCUUUCCAAGUUUUUGGGGCGAGAUAAAGAUGAUGGUGUCCGGCGCAGUGCUGUAUCUGGCAAGAAGAUUCUUCUGAAACUUGAAAAAACGAAGGAAGAUAAGUUGGCGGAAAGCAAGAGAAAUGAGCUGCUUAAUUUCUUAAAUGCUAGUUUUGAUUAGUAACGAGAGCGGAGGAUUUGCUUUGGGGAUUGGAUAAAAGCCAGUGAGGAACCAGGCUUACUUGGGUGCGUAAAUCUUUUUAGUUUUCACGUAUAAAACCAAACAAGUUACCAUGGUACGACAUCGUAUACUUACGGUUCUUUUUUAACUUCGAUGGAUGGUUGAUUUCUGAGGGGCCUGGGCCAAAUGACAAAUGGAAAGAGUCAAGCUUGGUUCCUGUGUUGUAUGAAAUUGUGGUUUCGAUUGGAAGACUGGUUUUCAAUUUGUUGAGCACUUGUGAUCAUUAAAUUGUCCGAUAGUUACUAUUCUGACUGGGAAUUUUCCUCACGAGCUGUCUUCAGAUCGGCCUUCUCACUCACGGUGAGUAGACUGGGAUAAUACAUGGUUACAUAUUUUUUUUGGGUUCAUUA